CAUUUUUAGAUGCAUUUUUGGAGUUUCUUAUCGCGCACGUUUUCCAAAAACGUAACAGUUACAGCAUGGCCAAACCAUGAACGUGUGUUCAUGGUCUUGCCUAACCAAAACCAGCUGUCAAGUUUUAUCAUUCCUUUAAUGUUUUGGAAAAGAGAAAGCGAAUUCCUCCAAAAAUUAUCCGCGUCCGCAACAUGAGCUACGACAAACACGAUAUCCCAUCAAAAGACGAAUGGAUAAAACUACUAGAAGACAACGACGUGGGACGCACUAGCAUGAACAAGUUAAUAAUGAACUAUUUGGUGACUGAAGGUUUCAAAGAGGCGGCGGAGAAGUUUCAACAAGAGUCGGGCGUAGCACCUUCGGUAAACUUACACUCAUUGGACGACAGAAUGCGAAUAAGGGACGCCAUCAUGAAUGGAAGGAUAGAGGAAGCCACUACCUUAAUUAACCAGUUACACGCAGAACUGCUCGAUAACGACAGGUAUUUGUACUUCCACCUGCAGCAGUUGCAUCUUAUAGAGUUGAUAAGGAACAAUCAGAUCGAAGAAGCCUUGGCUUUUGCCCAGAAUCACCUGAGCGAAGCGGGAGAAGAAGACCCAUCCGUUUUACAAGAGCUGGAAAGGACUAUAGCCCUGUUAGCAUUUGAGGAUCCCAUCAACAGCCCUUUCGGCGAUCUGCUGGCCCCAUCUCACAGGCAGAAAGUCGCCAGCGAGGUGAAUGCCGCCAUACUAAAAAUGGAACACCAGGAGAACACGGCCCCCAAAAUAUCCACUCUAUUAAAAUUGAUACUUUGGGCGCAGGAAAAGUUGAACGCGAAGAACGUAAAGUACCCCAAAAUGACUGACUUAGCUAACGCGCUAAUUUCCGACCCUAGCGCUAAGUGAUUGGAAACGUCCCGGUUCUGUUGCGAUUUUGUCCUUCUCUAUUUAAAUUAAUUCGUUUUUUAUUUCCCAAUUAUUGUCUUAGGAAUAAAAUUACUUUUGUUUUUAUAUCGGUCAUUGUGUGCCCAUCCGCAGACCAAAAUAGAAUUAUAAA